UUCUCUCCAUCUUACUCCUUACAUUUCUUAUUCAUCUACGUAUUGUUUCCUUGGAAUUUAUCAGUUGCGGCAAAGUUUUAGCGAUUGAUUGAUCAAACAGAAGAAGAGUGAGUGUAUACGAUUUUCUUUUUAGUUGCGGAAUGUCUUUUGGCGAGACAAAAACUAUAACUCCAACUGAACCGAGUACGGAAGCUGCAAGAAGGAGACGCAUGAAAAUUCAUCAGUUUCGAUUUGUUGCCAGCGAUAUGGCGGUGGCUCCACCGAGUAGUAUGGAGAAUGGAAGGAAGAGAAAGAAAUUGGAGAAAACUGUGUCCGUAAAAAGCUAUGAUAGUAAAGAGAAGAAGCAAUUCAAGUUGGAAAGAAUUGUUUCCCUCCCACUUUCGCUGCCGUGCAUUGAGAUGGGUGAAAAGAAGCUAGCAGAGAAUAAAGAAACCGAAACGACCGCUUUGGAUUUGACGGAAUCUGCAUCUGUGUCGUCGAAUAUUGAACGCCAGGGAGUAUCCGACUGUCCAAAAUUCGGGAUGACAUCUGUAUGUGGAAGGAGAAGAGAUAUGGAAGAUACGGUGUCGAUCUACCCGUCGUUUCUUCAAGAUAAACAUGAAAAGUCCAGCAUCUUACAUUUCUUCGGUCUCUACGACGGCCACGGCUGCUCUCAUGCGGCGAUGAAAUGUAAAGAUAGAAUGCAUGAGAUAGUGAAGAACGAGGUUGAGAGCGCAGGAGAAGCUACAUGGAAAGAGAUGAUGAUUCAGAGCUUCUCAAAAAUGGACAAAGAAGUUGUUGAAUAUUCGAAAGGAGCUGGAGGUACACAAACUGCGGAUUGUAGAUGCGAACUUCAGACGCCGCAGUGCGAUGCCGUUGGAUCCACUGCUGUUGUGGCCGUCCUAACUCCAAACAAAAUCGUCGUGUCCAACUGCGGCGAUUCUCGCGCUGUGCUCUGCAGAAACGGUGUCCCAAUUCCUCUGUCCACUGACCAUAAGCCUGAUCGACCCGAUGAACUCAAUCGGAUUGAAGAAGCUGGCGGUCGUGUAAUCUAUUGGGAUGGUGCGAGAGUUCUUGGAGUUUUGGCUAUGUCUCGAGCAAUCGGUGACAGUUACUUGAAACCGUAUGUUACAUCUGAACCGGAGGUGACCAUAACGGAGAGAACAGUGGAAGACGAGUGUUUGAUAUUAGCUAGCGACGGGCUAUGGGACGUUGUCUCAAACGAGACAGCAUGUGGUGUGGCUCGCAUGUGCUUGCGAUCUGGGCAGAACUCUGACCAGGCUUGCACUGAUGCAUCAAUCCUCUUGACAAGGUUGGCUUUGGCUCGGCACAGUUCGGAUAAUGUUAGCGUUGUCGUUGUUGAUUUGAAAAGAGGUCUAUAGGGGAAUUAUUAAUUAUAAGUUUUGCAUGUACAUGCACUUGUUUCAAUUUUAGAGCUAGCCAAACAAUAUGAUUUUCAUUUAUCAUAGGCAAGAUUUUCCGCGGUUGGUUCCUGCGAUGCAAUGCAACUCUCCUAAUGAAAGAGAAACUGCUUGAGCUGGAGAGUCUCUGUUGUAUUACUAAGUUGGUGUUCUGGACAUCCGAAACAGAUCGCCCUACUUUUGAUUUUUGCAGGCUUUGUUUUCUGCUCAAUUGGAUUGUUUUUAUUGUUUAAAAGUUUUUGUAUAUUUAUUGGAGGAAAGAAACUUCUACGAAUUAAUUUCUUUCA